AUGGCGGCUCCCUGGUGGCGACCUGCACUGUAUGGCUGUAGAUGGCGGACCUUCAGCACUUCAGCUGCCUGCAGCCGCCGGGCCGCCCGGCUGGGGCCGAUGCCCAACGAACACAUCGAUGUGAGCAACUUGGAGCGGCUGGAGAAGUACCGGAGCUUCGAGCGCUACCGGCGCCUAGCGGAGCGGGAGGCACGGACCCCACACUGGUGGCGAACCUACCGGGAAUACUUCGAGGAGAAGUCAGAUCCCAGAGACAAGAUUGACAUUGGACUGCCUCCGCCCAAGGUUUGCCGGGCCCAGCAGUUGCUGGAGCGGAAAAAGAUACUCCGGGAGCUGCGGGCCAAUGCGGAGGCAGAGCGGGCUGCCCGACUCCGCACAGUGCAGAUCCCGCUGGAGGCGGUGCAGGCCGAUUGGGAGAAGACGUGUGGCCCCCACCACAAGCAACGCCUGGCCGAGUACUAUGGUCUCUACCGAGACCUGUUCCGCGGUGCCACCUUCGUGCCCCGAGUGCCCCUGCAUGUGGCCUAUGCUGUGAGUGAGGAGGACCUGGUGCCCGUGUACCAUGGGAACGAGGUCACGCCCACUGAGGCUGCCCAGGCCCCAGAAGUAACAUACGAGGCAGACGAGGGCUCCCUGUGGACACUGCUGCUCACCAACUUGGACGGCCACCUGCUGAAGCCAGACGCCGAGUAUGUCCACUGGAUGCUGACCAAUAUCCCCGGCAACCAGGUGGCUAGAGGGCAGGAGAUGUGUCCCUACCUGCCACCCUUCCCUGCCCGAGGCUCCGGCUUCCAUCGCUUUGUCUUCCUGCUCUUUAAGCAGGACAAGCCCAUUGACUUCUCUGAGGACGCCCGCCCGUCACCUUGCUACCAGCUGGCUCAGCGGACCUUUCACACCUUUGAUUUCUACAAGAAACAUCAAGAGACCAUGACUCCGGCAGGCCUGGCCUUCUUCCAGUGCCGCUGGGAUGACUCUGUUACCCAAGUCUUCCACCAGCUCCUCAACAUGCGGGAGCCAGUGUUUGAGUUUGUGCGGCCACCCCCUUACCACCCCAAGCAGAAGCGGUUCCCCCACCGGCAGCCCCUGCGUUACCUGGACCGGUACAGGGACAGUCACGAACCCAGCUAUGGCAUCUACUGA